AUGGAAGCUUUAUGGAAUUUAGAGGACAAACUGAGGCUUUCAACCCAAAAAGCACUCAUCCUGUUGGUUUGUGCUUCAUUUGCUGUCAUUGCUCUUUGUACUGCAACAGUACUGAAGAAAAAGGGUAGACGAAGGCAACUUCCAUGCCAUGACAUGGCCGCCAGAGACGACUCGAUGAGAAGUUGUGGUUGGGUUUCAAUAAAGAAGGUUUUGAUGUGUUCGAUGAGGUGGAGUAGAGCAAACAAGUGGGAGGGAGAAAGAAUUGGAGAGAGGCCAACGCCGCUACUUGGCUUGGAAGGUUGGGAAAGCCAUAAUUCGGUGUCACCGGUGUGGCAAAGGCCGAUACUCAUGGGGGACAAGUGUGAGCUUCCAAGGUUCAGCGGGCUUAUCCUGUAUGACGAACGAGGCCGGCUGCUUAGUGAGUCCCAAAAGGAAGAAAAUACUACUCGCCAGGUAGAAACAGCAGCUGUUGUGAGAACUACUCUGAGGGAUUUGCUGGAAUCUUAUUUAUGAGAUUUUUCUUUGUUCCAAAGUAGAUGUAACAAAAAGGAGUG